CGCCUUGCGCUGCCAGCGCGGCCGAGGACGAUGCCCUAGGCCGUCCCGGUCCGGGGGCAGCCCUGCGGCGGCGUUGAGAUGCGGAGAUGCUUUGCCAGAGACCAGUGAUCUCUGCCAGAGACAGCCCAAAAAGAGGCCUACAAACCCCAGCGCUCCGAAUACGUGAGCGCACGCGCGCGUUAUAAUAUGAUCCUCACGCAGUGCGCCGUCUGCGCCACCGAGCUUGGCUUAUCCUUGGGCAAGAAAUGCGGCCGCUGCAGCACGCGCUACUGCGGCGCCGAGUGCCAGAAACAACACUGGGAAGAGGGUGGUCACGACAAGCUCUGCAAGAAAAUCAAAAAGGCUGGUGGCGCGGAACAAUUUCAUGCCAAUAAGAGAUACACGGAGACCGUCGCGGUCGCGGUCGAGAAAUGCGCGGACGAUACGAAGGGGCAGACGUGCUACAUCUGCACGCAAGCCUUGCAUUGGAAAACGAAGGAGGGCCUCGUGCGCGGGUGUUCGUGCCGCGGGACGGCGGGCUUCGCGCAUGUGUCGUGUUUGGCGGAGCAGGCGAAGAUUUUGCUCGCGGAGGCGUUGGAGAACAAUUUGGGCGACAAGACGCUCGACGAGAGAUGGUGCCGGUGGCACUCGUGUAGCCUGUGCGAGCAAAAUUACCAUGGCGUCGUGACGUGUGCCCUCGGGUGGGCGUGCUGGAAGACGUACCUGGGUCGGCCGGAGGAUGACUGGGCUCGGGGCGCGGCGAUGACGCGUCUCGGGAACGGUUUACACGACGCAGAACACCACGAGGACGCGUUGGCCGUGAGAGAGGCCGAGUUCUCUAUCACGCGGCGCGUUGGCGCAUCAGGAAUUGAUAUUCUUGUCUCGCAGACAAAUCUUGCGAACUCGUAUCAUGCGCUAGGGCGGAUGGAACAGGCCCUACAGCUCGAACGGGGCGUAUACUAUGAUUCAUUGAGGCUAUUGGGCGAAGAAGAUGGUGAUACAAUCCGAUCAGCCAACAACUACGCAUCGAGCCUUGUUGAUCUACAACGCUUCGAAGAGGCCAAGUCGCUGCUGCGCAAGACGAUACCCGUGGCCCGACGCGUUCUCGGAGAUGAUAAUAUCCUCACACUCAAGAUGAGGUGGUAUUACGCGGGAGCGCUCUACACUGACCCCGGCGCCACGCUCGACGAUCUCCGCGAGGCCGUGACGACGCUCGAGGACACGGAACGGACCGCGCGUCGCGUGCUUGGCGGCGCGCACCCGACCACAAGUGAGAUCGAGAUGUCCCUGCGGCAUGCGCGAGCCGCGCUCCGCGCCCACGAAACGCCGCCGCCGCGCGCCGACGCCACCGACGCAAGGGGCGAUUGAUUUUAGUUAACAACA